GGAGCCCACAUUGCUUUUGUGAAAGUGUUAUGUGCAGAGAGGGUGGGUUGCUAACAGCUGUGUUCCCGCACCCACACCCCUGCGAGCGAUAAGCGCAAAUCUUGGGCGUUUGGGAGCAAAGUCCAGCGUUGGGUUUCUGACAAGCGCAGGCAGUGGCUGGGUCUAGAUCCAAGCCAGAAGCUCCACAACUUGACAGCAGAGAGUGACAGCUUGGGCCACUGGAUUGCUGUCUCCUAACUCCAGCAGAGACAUCUGGGCGCUUUGGGGUGGGCAGGCAGGAGGGCUGGGACCCAAGUUUCUUGGAAGUUCCUAGGAGUGACCUGCCUUCGCCAUGGCUUCCUCCACACACUUUGAGGACCUCGUUACGGAUUUCUCCUGUCCCAUCUGCCUGGAGUGGUUCUGGGAGCCGGUUGCCCUCCCUUGCGGCCACCUCUACUGCCAAGCCUGCAUCGAGGCAGCGUGGGGAGCCCCUGGCAUUAAGCUCAUGUGUCCUCAGUGCCGGGAGCAGUUCCCAGAGAGGAGGUACACGCCGUGCAAGCUCCUGGGGACCUUGAUUCACCGAAUCGGCGGGAUGAGAACUGGGGAGGCCGAGGAGGGCCGACGCACGGAGCCCAGAUGCAGGGAAUCUGCGCUGCGCCAGAAUGGCACACUGACCUCUGUCCAGGAGACUACAAAGCUGUACAAGGAGGAGCUGUCUUUGGCUAUUUCGCGGAUGGAAUCUAACCUGACCAAACUUCUCCUGUUUACGAGGGAGGAAGAAGAGAAGCUCCAGAACCAUCAGGCAGUUUUGCUGAGUCUGGAUGACCACAUCUCCACCGAAUACAAGCAUCUCCAUCGCUUCCUCUACGCUCACGAGAAAGCAUGCAAGGCAAGGCUGGAGGAGGAAGGGGCACACGUUCUUCGGGAGAUGGAGGAGAGACUGAGAGCGCUGAAGGAGUCUUGCCAGCUGGGCCAGGAGCUGCUGUUGGAAGCCGAGGGCCACCUGCAGCUACAAGACUCGGCAAGCUUCUUAGCUGGAAUACAUUCUCUCCUGAACAGGGUGAAGCAACAACAAGCCACACCAACGUUUCCUCUCAUGCCUGCCAUGCUGCAGACCCUUGGGCAGUUCAAGGGGCCUCUACAGUGUGCCGCUUGGAAGGAAAUGAAAUCUGCACUCGGCAUAGACUUCCCCCGGAUAACCCUGGAUCCUGAAACAGCACAUCCGUGUCUUGUCCUAUCAGAUGACUACACUUGUGUCCGGGACGGUCAGCUGCGCCGGGAAGUCCUGGACACUCCCAUGCGGUUCAACUACUGUGUAGCCGUGUUGGGUUGCCAGAGCUUCUCCUCAGGGAAGCACUAUUGGGAAGUGGAAGUUGGCAACAAGCUCUCCUGGACCUUAGGCCUGGUUAGCAUUUCUAUCAACCGCAAAGGGAAAAUUGCCGCCUCCCCUGGUAGUGGAUACUGGGUAAUCCGGCUGCGAAAUGGUGUGGAGCUAAUGGCCAAGGACGACCCGCCUGAAAGGCUGUCCCCCACAUCCUUCCCCAAGAGAGUUGGGGUUUAUCUGGACUACAAUGGGGGCCUGGUGUCUUUCUGUGAUGCUUCUACCAUGGCCCACCUUUACACUUUUGCGAGUUCUAGGUUCAAAGGGAGGUUGUUCCCCUAUUUUUGCCCUGGGCUGUACAAUUCAGGGAAAAAUGCAACCCCCUUAAAAAUAUGCCACCUUCCACUAUGGUAGAAGAAAAAGAACAUCUCCUGUUCUGUUUUUCUUUUCUCAACUCACACCUGCUUCUGCAAUGACGAUGCCCUGGACAUAUCAUAAGCAGAAGGUUCUUUAAACUCCCAUCGUACAAAUAAUAUUUUUGUAUUUGUUUUAAAGGGAAAAGUCCUCCCAAGGCAAUUAAAAUGCACACAGUGCAACAACAAUAAAAUAAUUAAAAGCCAAAACACCAAAAUAAACCCCAAAACACCCAGCCCACAACAUGCCAUAGUUAUAACAAGACCAUAAGCAACACAAGAAAAAGCAGACAAGAGCAGGUGGAUCUACAAGGCAUUCCUAGAGAAUCUCCUUCA